CCCUUCUGGCUGGCAUAAUUAGAAAAAUAUUUUAUUCAAGUUCAAUACUUAUAAAUUGAAGGAAAGUGCUUAAUUUUGUCAUAGUUUUUCCUAAAUUUUGAAGUUUGAGCUUCAGUGUACGUCGGUAUAGGUAUUUUGGGAUUUGUUUUGAAGUUUUCAACCCUAUGACUCAACUUCUUCUCAGCCUAUGCGAAACUCCACCAGAAUUUAUACAGUUGGGUUCUUACAGUGAGCUAUCGCACACCUGCGCGUCUGUAUUGUCUUUUUAUUUGCCAUUAUAUCUUCUUUAGAUAUUUUUAAAUAUUCUCAUCAUGAGCAUCUUCCCCAUCAGUGAUCCUCCGAUGCCGGAGGAGGCUCGCAAUCUGGCUUUUCGGAAUGCUGCCUGUCGAUUGUGUGACAAGCCUGCCAGUCCUAAAAAACGAUUCCUGUUCAAAGAAUGGAGGGACAAAAAAGUGAAUACCCUAAUCGAGAAUGUCAUAGGAAUCAAGAUGAAGUAUCAUCCAAAUUUGUCGAACUCAAUUUGCGAAACUUGCUAUGAAAAACUAUCUUCUUUCGAUGGAUUUGUGAAGUGUGUCAUAGCCAAUCAAGUUCUAUUCUCCCAGAAUUUACAUCAGGUCAUUUACGAAGUUGUUCCUAUCAAUCGAAUGAAACCUGUAAUCAGUCAGGCAAGUAAAAAAACUGGACGCAAACCAAAACAUGAACUAGAUAUAAUUGAAUCUUAUAUUGAGAAUCUUAAGCGGUCAAAGAAACAGAAGAGAGCAAAUUCGGAAUUCGGAUUCCUCCGUGUUAAACCUCCAGAGGAACUUCAGGCAAAUCAUAAACUCAAAGUUAUAUCAACACAUAAGCCAUCCUUUUCGUCAGUUACUUUUGAAAGAGUCCCUCCGGCUCCAAGUAUUGAGAGCGUCUACAUUAAAGAAGAGCCUCAAGCGGUUGAAGACGGCAUUUUUCCAGACUCUCCUCCUCCUGCAAGUAGAGCCAGUUCGUCCCCGCAGCCUCAGGCCCAGUCUCUUUGGUGUGAAAUUUCAGCCGUAAGAUCAUGUUCCAGUCAAAGCGGAAGAACUUCUCAACCAAGCAGCAAAGAAAAUCAUCAAAAUAAUCACGAAGAUUCAAGCGACUCCGACGUUAUGAUCUUAGAUGAUGAGGUACCUUCAAAGAAACCAAGACUAUCGAGGACGGGAGGCAGCAUUAAUUGUAAAGCUCCAGAGAAGCACUCCGUAACCCUGGAACCAAUUGUAGGUCCAUGCCGAAUGGACUUAGACAUAUCAGUCAAACAGGAAAAACUAGAUGAUCCAAUCGAUGAUCCGUCUUUAGUGACUCUCCCAGAUCCAGUUGACUCAGUAAUUUUGCCAGAUCCAGUGACCUCCGUAACUUUGCCAGAUCCAGUCAUGUCUGAAACUGUGCCAGAACCACUUACAGUCAUAAAUCUCCCGAUUACAAUCAAACAAGAGGUAGAUCUUGAGAAUGGAGCUCCCUCAAAUAUUUCACCUCCCAGUGUAGCACCUGUAAAAUUACCUCCAAGUGUAGCACCUGAACACCGAACCCAAUUUAGACCAAUUCGUCCAAAACUGAGUCCGGUAAGAUCAGAAUCGGAAAAUCCGCCACCAAAACCAAUGAAGAGGAGACUUUAUAAGCCUGCCACAAAAAUAGGGAAGAAGAAAGCCCCAAGCAGCGUCGAGUACAAUGAUGACAUCAGUUGUUUACCGUGCUAUCGAUGCAAAAAGGAAAAUGAGUCGUACUUGAAUUUGUUGUACCACCACAUUAACUAUUGUUCUACUGAAGUUUCGGAAGAGGAUCCAGUACCUCCACUGCAGUUAAUUCCUGAAGCCCUGAAGGAGCAGUGCGCCAUGAUUCAGACUGAUGAAGAGACGCUCUUAAGAAAAAUUUACCUGGAAAUGAACGAGUGCAUGAAGAAUUUCCCGACUCUUCGAGACUACUACAAGAAGAUGAUAAACCUGACCAGACCUGUUGUUGUAUCUUACUGCAAGAAGUAUAAUAUUAAAUUGGACAUUGAAGAGGAAAAAUCUAACUGACCAAAAACUGGUCAGAAAAAGUACCCAAAAAAAGUUUCUCUCUCCAGCGCAACUUCUGAUGCAGAUGGAGGGAAAAACUGUGAAGUUUAUAGCUAGGACAAAGAAUCAAAU